AUGUAUUUCGAAGUUAUGAAUCAACAGAAGCGUAAGAAAAGGAUCUUCACCAAGGAAGAAGAUGAUCUCAUCCUUAACUAUGUGAAUAAAUAUGGACAAAAUUGGAGAGAAAUCGCUGGCAUGCUCCAAGGCAGAACCGAGAAGCAAUGCCGUGAGAGAUAUCGAACAUACUUAAAUCCAUCCAUUAGAAAGGAUCCAUGGACCCCUGAAGAGGAUAAUCUCCUCAUUCAGCUCUACAACACUUAUGGUCCAAAGUGGGCUGAGCUUGCCAAGCACUUCCAGGGAAGAUCAGAUAACAUGCUCAAGAACAGAUUCAACUAUCAUAUUAUCAAAAGACCAAGACACUCAAAGAAUAUUUAUCCUAAGAAAGUUAUUCAGGAAAAUGUUCCUUCAGAAACUAGCGCUGUAUCUAGUCCUGUUAACCAAGAACCAGUGGAAACAGGUAUCUCCAUUGAUUUUGAGGACUUAGAUUCCCUUAUCGAUUUUGAGCAAUCGAUAUUUGAAAUAUAA